UAAUGUUGGUGUGAGAGAGUAGAAUCGUUUGGUAUGAUUAAGGGUAUUUGAGAGAAGCAAAGAAAGAGAAAAGGAGAGAGAGCGUGCAGGGCGGAAGGAGGAAAAAAUUCAUCCAUGAUGGAGAAUAUGAUCAGUUCAUUGUGGAUUAUUGUGUUGGUGACAGCAAUUGUAUUUUGCAUCAUAUUUCUCUGUAGCAAAAGCAAAAGCAAGCACAGCAGUCUAAGGUCAACUCCCUCAUCGAAAACCUCAUGCCAGCUUCCUUUAGGCACUCUCGGAUGGCCUUUUGUUGGGGAAACCAUUGAGUUCAUUUCUUGUGCUUGCUCAGACCGCCCUGAGAGCUUCAUGGAUAGGCGUCGACGCAUGUAUGGCAAAGUGUUCAAGUCACACAUAUUUGGGACUCCAACUAUUGUUUCAACAGAUGCAGAAGUGAGUCGAUUUGUUCUACAAAGUGAUGCAAAGGCUUUCGUGCCGUUUUAUCCGAAAUCCUUAACUGAGUUGAUGGGAAAAUCCUCCAUUCUGCUAAUCAAUGGGAGUUUACAAAGGAAAAUCCAUGGUCUUGUAGGAUCCUUCUUCAAGUCUCCACAUCUCAAAAAUCAGAUCACAAGAGACAUGCAAAGUUAUGUCCAACAAUCAAUGGAUAAAUGGAGAGAUGAUCAGCCCAUAUUCAUACAAGAUGAGACCAAAAAUAUUGCCUUUCAAGUACUAGUGAAGGCAUUGAUUAGUUUGAAUCCAGGUGAAGAAAUGAAAAUUCUCAAGAAACUGUUCCAAGAAUUUAUCUUAGGCCUUAUGUCUUUUCCUGUAAAAGUACCCGGAAGUCAACUUUAUCGAUCCUUGCAGGCAAAGAAGGGAAUGGUUAAGAUUGUACACAAGAUUAUCCAAUCUAAAAGGAAUUCAGGCAUGAUCUCAAGUACUGUUCCAAAAGAUGUGGUGGACGUUUUGCUCAAGGAUGCUAGUGAACUAUUAACAGAUGAUCUAAUAGCAGAUAACAUGAUUGAUAUGAUGAUCCCUGGUGAAGAUUCAGUGCCUGUUCUAAUGACCCUUGCAAUCAAAUACCUUUCAGAUUACCCUGCUGCACUACAUCAAUUAACGGGGGAAAACAUGAAGUUGAAAAGGCUGAAAGCUCAGAAUGGAAAGCCUUUGGUUUGGAGUGAUUACUUAUCAUUACCUUUUACACAAAGUGUUAUUACAGAGACUCUGAGGAUGGGGAACAUCAUAAUAGGGGUGAUGAGAAAGGCCAUGAAAAAUGUUGAGAUAAAAGGGUAUCUGAUACCCAAAGGAUGGUGUGUUUUUGCUUAUUUUAGGUCAGUUCAUCUUGAUGAAAAUCACUAUGAUUGGCCUUAUCAGUUCAAUCCAUGGAGGUGGCAAAACAAAGACAUAAGUAGCAGCUACAACUUCACUCCAUUUGGAGGUGGACAAAGGCUGUGUCCUGGACUUGACUUGGCUAGGCUGGAAACUGCCAUUUUCCUACAUCAUUUUGUCACUAAUUUCAGAUGGGUGGCCAAGGAUGACACCAUUGUCCACUUUCCAACAGUAAGAAUGAAGAAGAGAAUGCCGAUUUGGGUCAAAAGAAGGGAAGACUCCUGGUAACCUAAACAUGCUUUGGCUAUGAAAAGUUUAAGCAGAAACUUCCAAUACAGUGAUAUAAAGCAAAACCCAAAGCAAAGUAAAAUAAAAAAGGGUUCGGCCACAAUGCAAACGUGUGGGGGGAAUUGACAAGUUCGACAUGUUGUCCUCUUUCAUAGCUAGGUUAUUUCAGAUUUUUAGACAAUAGUAGUGGAAGUAAAUUUUUUUUAAUGA